GACAGCGCUGUUACGUCGUUUACGCGCGGACACGACAUUUUGUUGCUAGCUAGUUGGGAAAGCAGCUAGUACAUAUUUUCGUGCAGCUAAACCAUCAACAUGUCUUUAUAUUGAUUAAUGUAGCUAUAUUAUACAUCAUAUAAUUGAAAUAGCAGCUAAACGACGUGCAACAGAUAACACUGAGCCUUCGAACGUGGAAAAAUGGAAUUACUUCCUGUGCUGGAUCCAGAGGAUAAACCACGAGCAGGACUGUGGUAUGCUAUGAUACCCAGAGGAGGUGGUCCGGGAGUUAGUGUGGGCCACACCUGUAUAUACAUCCCCUCUGAGGAUGAUGGCAUGGGGAAAGUCCUGAUCAUAGGAGGAGCCAACCCUAAUGGCAGCUUUUCAGAAUCCCACGUCAUAAACCUGGACAGUCACGAGUGGGACAUUCCUGAAUGGGAGGGUCUGGAGGCACGGUAUGAACACUGCAGCUUUGUCCCUGAGAGCUGUCCACAGAGCCUGUGGGUGUUCGCUGGGGCACAGCAGAGUGGCAACCGCAACUGUGUCCAGAACCUACAACUCACAGGCGGUGGGUUGUGGAAGGGUGUAGAGGUGAAAGGGACGCCCCCCUGUCCCAGGACGUAUCACACCAACUCAGCCAGCGUCGGGGACCGACUGUUUGUCUUCUCUGGAGGGGACUCGGGGGCCACACCUGUCUCGGACCCCAACGUUCACGUCUUCGACACAGUUUCCUGCACCUGGUCUCAGCCAGACACACAGGGCAGACAUCCCCCUGCAAGACACGGCCACGUGGUGACAGCGGUAGGACCCAAAAUCUAUAUCCACGGAGGCAUGGCAGGAGAGAAGUUCUACAGCGACAUCUACUCUCUAGACACCAGCAGUAUGAAGUGGGAGAAGGUCCAAGCCAAAGGAGACAUCCCCCCGGGGGUGGCUGCCCACUCGGCUGUGGCCCUCGGAAAGAACAUCUACAUCUUUGGAGGGAUGACCCCAGAAGGGGCCAGCAAUGCAAUGUACAGAUUUCAGUGUGACAAACAGCGCUGGACCCUGUUGAGGUUUGAAGGGAACAUGCCACCCAACAGACUGGACCACUCCAUGUGUGUCCUACCCUGGAGAGUAAGGCCUGAGCACACUAGUGGAGAGAGAGACCAGGCCCAGAGCUCCUCAGCGUCAGGGACCGUACAGCUGGCAUUUGUGUUUGGAGGGAUGGACACUCAGGGGGUCAUACACAGUGACUGUGUUGUAACUGUCUUAACGUGACCUUGAUAGCUACUGCUCUGGGAAAUACUGUGUGCAUGUGCCUGGAUGUUUAACUAUUGGUCAAUAAUUGUUGCAGUUCAUUUUAGCACCACUUUUCAAUUAAAUCCAACCAGUGUCAAGCUGAUCAUGGAUCAGAUGUUGGUUCAGUGCCAGUAGAGCUUAAUUUACACCCCACAUACAGAACAAGUAGCUAUGCAAAAAUGGUGUUGCAUGGCAGAUGCACACAGGAUUCUCCAACCCUGUUCCUGGAGAGCAACAGUCCUAAUAAUUCGCUGGAUAAACUGCACUUGGUUAAGUGUGGUUGGAGUGAAAAUCUACAGGAAGGUAUCUCUCCAGGAAGAGGGUUGGAGAGCCCUGCCAUAGAGCGCUUAACAUGUAGUCAACUGUGUGGGAUGUUAAACUACAUUAGCUGAUCCCUCCUGAAGUCAUAUCCAAUUAGUUGGUCGAGAGGGAAAAUCAGCAAAUUGACUGCAAAAUGGAUAGCAUGGGCAGUGCCAUUGAGGCAGUCACGGAUGAUAUUAUGGUGCAGACCCAAUUUAUACCACAGUUACAUAUGAAUUUUAAACAUGGAAUAGUUUGGAAAAUGAGUCGAUGUUGUGGUCAGAGGCAAUAGGACGUCUACCCUAAUGUACCUUGAGGAUUGCACACAGCCAACGUCCGUUGUGGUGUCUCAUUAACAUAUGAUUACACAGGUGUGAAUUGAUGCAGAAUAAUAUCAGAGACAAAAUCAAAGACAUUU